GUGAGCGCAUAUCUAGUCUUCAAAAUGCAGGACACAAGACCCGAACUGUAUGAGGAAGUGAAAUUAUACAGAAAUGCCAGAGAGCGUGAAAAGCAUGACAACAUGGCUGAGCUCUACGCUGUAGUCAGCACACUACAGCAUCUGGAGAAGGCGUACAUGCGUGACUGUGUGCGUGCGCAGGAGUACACAGCAGCUUGCAGCCGCCUGCUCGUGCAGUACCGGGUGGCGUUCAAACAGGUGCAGGGAGACGACUGUCCCACUAUAGAGGCGUUCGUCACUAAAUACAGGUUAGACUGCCCAGCAGCAUUGGAGAGGAUAAGAGAGAACAAGCCCAACUUGAUCAAGGACGACAAAGGGAACACAAACAAAUACAUCGCUGAAAUUGUUUCCCUGUUCAUAACCCUGAUGGACAAGCUUCGCCUGGAGUUCCGCGCCAUGGACAUGAUUCAACCAGAGCUGCGUGACUUGCGCGACACCAUGGACCGCCUGCUCAUGCUGCCCGAGGACUUCGAGGGCAAGCUCAAGGUGCAAGAAUGGCUGGACAAGCUCUCUGAGAUGUCUGCGUCGGACGAGCUGUCGGAAGCGCAGGUGCGGCAGCUGGUGUUCGACCUGGAGACCUCCUACGGCGCCUUCAACAAGUUCCUGCACAAGGACUAGCGAGGUAAAAUCGAAGGCUCAAACGCGUUGUCACAUAUUUAUAGUUGUGCUUAGUGGAACAUGUUAUAACUUAUACCGUAAUGUUACUCGUAAUGUAAGUAAGUUUUAUUAACGUAUGUGAAUAUACUGUAUCAUUUACAAGAA